AUGUUCUGUAUUGAGAGCCUGGAGACGACACUGGACAAGGAGAGGAAAUGGAAGAUGCUCGAGGAUGUGAUCUCCCUACAGAACGUCCUCAUCUACAUGGUCCUGCUGGGAGUCACUUGCUUUAUCCAAAAGAAAUUGGACAGCAUCUAA